AGAAACACAUUAUUUAAACACGGUCAGAACCAUGGCUGCCGCCUGCCUGAGUAAAACAAACCAUCACGACGACGACACCAUCCACCCCACCCCACCUUGUCCAUGUGCGCACCACUCAGCCAAACUCCAACCUAAUUUCCCAGUUAAUCCGCCCAGUUCCUGCAUACCAACGCAAACGCCAUGUUUGAAUUAACUAUGGCCGGAGGAGGAUCUAUAGCGCCGGCGGGAGUGGCGAAGGAAAGAGCUGAGGAGUAUAAAGGAAGAGUCACACCUUAUGUGGUCGUCGCCUGUCUUGUCGCCGCCGUCGGCGGAUCCCUCUUCGGUUACGACAUCGGCAUCUCCGUUGCAACAAACAGGAGGAGUCACGUCAAUGGAUGGAUUCCUGAAGAAAUUCUUCCCGGAGGUUUACAGAAGCAAACAGCACGCCCAUGAAAACAACUACUGCAAGUACAACAACCAGGGCCUCGCCGCCUUCACCUCCUCCCUCUAUCUCGCCGGCCUUGUCUCCUCCCUCUUCGCCUCCCCGGUCACCCGCAGAUUCGGCCGCCGGGGAAGCAUCAUCUGCGGCGGCGUCAGCUUCAUGAUCGGCGCCGCUCUCGACGCCUCCGCCGCCAAUCUCCCCAUGCUCAUCCUCGGCCGGAUUAUGCUCGGAUUCGGCAUCGGAUUCGGCAAUCAAGCUGUGCCUCUGUACCUUUCAGAAAUGGCGCCCACUCACCUCCGGGGAGGCCUUAACAUGAUGUUCCAAUUGGCCACCACGCUCGGCAUCUUCACCGCCAAUAUGAUCAAUUACGGCACGCAGAAGCUCCAUCCAUGGGGAUGGAGGCUCUCCCUCGGCCUCGCCGCCGCGCCGGCGGUUUUGAUGACCGUCGGAGGUGUCCUCCUGCCGGAGACGCCCAACAGCCUGAUCGAGCGGGGGAGGGAAGAGAAGGGGAGAAGAGUUCUGGAGAAGAUCAGAGGCACCGGCGACGUCCACGCCGAGCUGCAGGACAUGAUCGACGCGAGCGAGCUGGCGAAAUCGAUCGAGCAUCCGUUCAGGAACAUUCUCGAACGGCGGAAUCGGGCGCAGCUGGUGAUGGCGAUCCUUAUGCCGGCGUUCCAGAUCCUGACGGGGAUAAACUCCAUCCUGUUCUACGCGCCGGUGCUGUUCCAGACGAUGGGGUUCAAGGGGAACGCCUCGCUCUACUCGUCGGCGCUGACGGGGGCGGUGCUGGCUUCGUCGACCUUCAUCUCCAUCGCCGCCGUGGACCGGGUGGGCCGCCGAGUUUUGCUAAUCACUGGCGGGAUCCAGAUGGUGGUUUGCCAGGUAGUAGUGGCGGUGAUACUCGGCGUCAAGUUCGGCGGCGAGGAGGCGCUGUCGAAAACCUACUCGAUCGUCGUGGUGGCGGUGAUCUGCCUCUUCGUGGCGGCGUUCGGGUGGUCGUGGGGCCCGCUGGGGUGGACGGUGCCGAGCGAGAUAUUCCCGCUGGAGACACGAUCGGCGGGGCAGAGCAUAACGGUGGCGGUGAAUCUGCUGUUCACGUUCGCGAUCGGGCAGGCGUUCCUCUCGCUGCUCUGCGCAUUCAAGUACGGAAUAUUCCUGUUCUUCGCCGGGUGGAUCGUCGUCAUGACGGUGUUCGUCUACUUCCUAUUGCCGGAGACGAAAGGCGUCCCCAUUGAAGAGAUGAUCUUCUUGUGGAAGAAGCACUGGUUCUGGAAAACCAUUGUUAAUUAAAUUAAUUUGACCAUAUCCACAGUUACUGUAUUUAUUUUGUACUAUUACUGUGCAACUGCAAGUUAUUACCGAGGAAGAAAGCUCCACUUUCUACUCUCCGCCGUUAAUUACAAAUUUGUACAGUUUCUUUUAGAAAUUAGAGUUGUUUUCUAUUCUUUAUCAGUUUAUU